AUGCUGCGCGGUAAAGAUCCAUACCCCGUGAAAAAAUGUGACGGAACGCGAUCAACGGCAUGUACUGACUGUAGCAAGAUCAAGAUCUGCAUCUCUUCGGAUGAGACCAAGGACGCGGACAACCCACGGCAGGCUUGUCCGGCUUCAGCUCCACAUUGCGCAAUGUCACAGACCGGAGCAGUUUGUCAAAAGUCACCGGACAGCUCCGUAGAGGAAUGUUCCGCUGCUUCGUCUGACUUCACCUGCACUGGGCCUGGGUUCUACCCGGAUUCGAGCUCUUGCCAGCAGUACCAUGACUGCAGCGACGCAUCAGCUGAACCAGUUACGUACUACUGCCCGGAUGGAACACGGUUCAGCAGUAAAUUCAUCGCAUGUGAGCAGUACACCGGAUCCUGUCCGAAGGUUUGCAACCAGACCGAUUCGGAGACGAUCUUCACGGCCUUCCCGGGUGACAGCCAGUACUACACUGAAAUAAAAAAAUAG